AUGAUUUUGCCGGCGUUAGUGUGCCCAUCAGUAAUAGAAGAAACAAAGACACUCCGUUACAACACGGUGACCUUCAAAUUUGAAGAUGCUACCGAAGAUAGCUACUCGGCAUUUGUGAAUUCUCUGCGAAAUGAAGUCAAAAGCAAGGAGGUGUUUGGACUACCAGUGACAGCGAAAACAGCAGCCAUCGAGUCGGUCUAUGGGAAACCCGAAGAUGUGAACACUGAGGCUAGAUUUUUCAUUAUUUCCAUCCAAAUGGUUUCAGAGGCAGCAAGAUUCCAAUACAUACUGAAUAAGGUACUCGAAGGAGGCAUAUACGGAAGUUAUGAACCAGAUUAUAAAGCAAUUUCCUUGGAGAACAGUUGGAAGAAGAUCUCUGAUGCCAUUCAAACUGCUGAUCCUUCUGGAAAAUUUCGCUCAAACAUUACUUUAAAGGAUGCAGAUAACAAACAAUGGGUAGUUACGCAAGUGAGUGACAUAGAGAACGACAUGGGACUUUUGAAGUUCUUGGAGACCAGCAGGCCAAGCAUCUCAGUUUUCUCAACUUCUGCAAACGGCAUAUUUCUAAUAUAUUAUUUACAACUGGAAACCUCUAACUUUUUAAAUUCUGUUUAG